AUGAUGCGCCGCUUCGGCUCCAAGAAGGAGUCGAAGCCGGAGCCCGGCGCCGACGAGUCCGCCGCCGCGCGGCGGUCGACGAAGGAGGCCCCGGGCUACGAGUCGCCGGACGCCCCGGCGCGGUCCUACCGCACGAUCACGCCGGCCUUUUUUGCGCGGAAGCGCUGGGACGACGAGGACGACGAGGACGAGGCGAGCAUCGCCUCGAGCGCCAAGUCGAGCAUACGCCUGCCGACCUUCUUCGGGCGGCGGCGGAAGAAGGAGUCCGUGAAGCUGCCCGAGCUCGCGGGGCCCGCGCCCGCGCCGCGACCGGUCGCGCGCGGCUUCGAGCCGCGAAUAAAACGCGACGCCUUCGGCAACGCCGUCGCGCCCGAGGCGGCGCCCGCGCCGGACGAGGAACCGCCGCCGUCGCCGACCCGGGGUCUCGCGACGUUCCUCGUGCCCGCGGAGCGGCCGCCCGAGAGCCCGAGCCGACGGAAUCUCAAACGCCUCGAGCGCUCCGACUCGAAGAAGACGAUCCGCGACCCCCAGGAGAUGGUCAGGGAGAUCAAGAAGCGCCAGAAGAAGAAGGAGAAGCGCGUGAAGAAGAUGCGCAAGCGGCUCCGGGCGGACCUGGAGAAGAAGAACCCGCCGGCGUCGCCGCGCAAGCCGCCGCCGGAGCCCAGGGUCCCCGAGGACGACGGCGACUUCGCCGCGUCGUCCCGCGACGACCUCAGCGCCUACGUGACGGACAUCCAGGCCGCCGUCGCCGCCAUCUUCGAACGGGACGCCGCGGAGCGCGCGCUCCGCGAGAAGCUGGACGCCGGCGAAAUAGAAGACGACGCGCAGUCGUCGAGCACCUUCACCUCCGGCCCGCCGGACCUCGACACCUACGAGAUGGAGCAGGCCCUGGCGAAGCCGGACCAGGACGUCCCGGGGGGCUUCGAAGGCGCGGGCCACGGCGGCGCUCUGAGGACGACGGACACGGAGAAGUCGCUCGUCCGGACCGUCGUGUCGACGCUGGCCGCCACGCUCGACGCCGCGGAGAGCGCGCGCGUCGCCGAGCCGCCGCAGCGGGCCGUGCGCAAGAACUGGCGCAUGCCGGACUUCGACUACGGCGACCCGAUCGUCACGGCGACGACGAUCGACGCGCUCCACCGCGCGGACCCCUUCGCCGAACCCUUCGCCCGGCCCUUGCUCCCCGUCGCCGCGCUGCGCCUCGACCUCGCCGUGACCCUCGACGCGCCGUCCUACGCCCACCGCCCCGCGGGCGCGGACGCCGUCUGCGUCGCCGCGACGCCCGCGCGCAGGGCGACGCGGACCUACACGUGCCCCUGCGGCGCGCGGUGCGACUACGCGACGCGCGACGCGCACCUCGUCGCGUGCAAGGCGUUCAAGGAGGCCUGGGAGGAGGCGCUGCGGCGUCUGGUCGAGGAGUUCACCGCGGCGCAGGUGCGGCGCUACCUCAGCCGCAUGUCGCAGUACAAGCUGGUGGACGACGCGGCCGCGUUCUGCGCGCUCGCGGAGACGCGGGGCGACGUCGACGAGGCCGUGAGCCGCCUCGGCGACGACCAGUACCGCCGCGACAUGCAGCUCGCGGGCACGCUCCACGGCCUCAAGAGCCUCGACAAGGAGCGGCGCGCGCCCUACGUGCCGGGCGACUCCGGGAGCGACCAGGUCACGGAGGUCGUGCGGAACGCGGCCUUCCGCGGCGCGAGCCGCCAGAAGUCCCGGGAGGACGUCCACUUCGAGGACAGCGACCUCAAGGAGCGGCGCCUCUACUACGUCGACUAA